UGAAAACAAAAGUAGGGAAAAUCAAACUAAAAGAAACAAAACACUUAAAACCUAAAAAUAGCAAAAAAAAAUGAUAGCUAGAGGACCACGGUUUCAAAAACCUUGGUAAAUUAGCAAAAUGCUACAAAUAGUAAAAGAAAGCUGAAAUGUUAAAGUUCUAGAUAAAUGUAAAAACUAUUCCUGAUUAUUUUAGGCUUUUAUUUUGUAAAUAAGCGGAAGUGAAGUGAUUGGUUAUGUUUGAGUCUUGACGGAGUUCAGAAGUAACGGGACCGGGCAGAACCGUGGAAAGUUGUUUAGUUUAGACAUGUUAUGACGGAUUUAAUAACAGAGAAUGUUUUAAAUAAUAGUUUCAGGUCUUAUUGUGAAAAUUUAACUUUAUUUCCUGCGCGUGAUGCUUUUUAAACGGAGGCCAAAGAGUGACAGAAGAAGAAGAAGAAGAAAAGUUUCUGAGCAUCGUCAAAGAUAAAAAUGGAGGCGGAAUAAAAACCCAGCAGAUGAAGACAUGAACUUCGGGGUCCCCGCCAGCUCGGUGCUGCUGCUCCGGGCCUGCGAUGAGGGGGACUGGGACACGGUCCGGGGCAUCCUGGAGCCCGGGGUCCAGAGGGAGUCGGGUCGGCAGAGCAGGCUGAGGUCGGAGGCGGGCUCGGAGUGUCCGGCCCUGGACCUCACGCCGCCCCUGGUCCCGGUGGACUCCACGGACGAGGAGGGCAACACCGCCCUGCAGUUCGCCUCGGCGGGGGGCUACGAGAACCUGGUCCGGUUCCUGCUGCGGAAGGGCGCGUCGGUGGACAGCCGGAACAACUACGGCUGGAGCCCGCUGAUGCAGGCAGCCAGGUUUGGUCACCUGACCGUGGCCCACCUCCUCCUGGAGAAYGGGGCGGAGAUAAACGGGCGGAACCGGCUGGGGGCCAGCGUCCUGACCAUGGCGGCCCGUGGGGGCCACGUCCACGUGGUCAAGCUGCUCCUGGAGAGCGGGGCCUUCGUCGACGACUACGACCACCUGACUGCUGCUGAGACGAUAUCCGGAGGCAACAACAACAACAACUGCAGUGCAGCUGGGUUUGGACUGGCUGAGGGCUGUCCAGCUGCAGGAGGAGGAGGAGAGUUCAUGGACAUCACUGCUCUGAUGGUGGCGUCUCAGCAUGGAGACGAGGCCACCGUCCGCCUGCUGCUGGACUGGGGCUCUGACGUCAACUUUACCCACAAAACCACCGGCUGGGGUCCCCUGAUGGCGGCCACCCUGAGUGGGAAGAAGGUUGUAGCUCAGCAGUUGGUGGGGAGGGGAGCAGAUCCGAACCGGGUCAACGUUCUGUCCCAGACGGCCUUAGAGCUGUCCCUGCAGCUGAAACAGAGAGACAUCAAGGCGUACCUGGACUCUAUAACCACCGUCAGACCUCAGACCGACGACGAGAGGAAGCGGCCCGACGUGUUCAGCGCUCUCAGGCUUGGAAACUCCCAGCUGGUCAAAGACAUCCUGGAGGAGGACCCGGCCCAGGUGAACUCGUCCAAUCAGGAGGGAGCGACGCCUCUGAUGAUGGCGGCGGUGAGCGGGCAGCUGGAGGUGGUGCAGCUGAUGGUGGAGAAGAACGCCGACGUGGACAAACAGGACGGCGUCCACGGGUGGACGGCUCUGAUGCAGGCCACGUACCACGGCAAUAAAGACAUUGUGAAGUACCUGCUGGGUCAAGGAGCCGACGUUAACCUGCGAGCUAAGAACGGCUACACGGCCUUUGAUCUGGUCAUGCUGCUCAACGACCCAGACACAGAGCUGGUCCGGCUGUUAGCAUCAGUCUGCAUGCAGGUGGAUAAAGACAAGCCGAAACACCGAGGCAGAGCUUUUAUUACGCGCUCUAAAAGCAGACAGUCCCUCAACAACGUCCCAGUUCCGCCYGAUGACAAGGGAGGCCUGAAGUCCUGGUGGAGCAGGAUGUCGAAUCGUUUCCGGCAACUGAAGCUGACUCACACUCUGCGGCAUGGCCUUUCAACCAAUCGGCUUGCUCCGUUUCCCAACGAUGCUGAAGCUCCUCUGGACGCCACGAUGAGGGCGGACUCAAAGGCUGCGGCUACGGCUAGCUCUGCAGCGCCGCAGUCCUCUGCUCCUGGAGCGAACGAGACGAGCGGCGUCUGGGCGGUCAAGACUAAAGAUAGUGCAGGUCCCUUCAGAGCCUCUUCAGAGCAGGAAGACCCUUUUAUAACCACAAUGCUAAGAAGCGGCGCCCCCCUCACCAGGAUUCCCAGCGACAAGCUGAAAGCAGCCAGCCCUCCGUUCUUACCUCCGUCUUACUUYGAGCCGUGGAACUCGGACCGAUCUCACUUCCCCAGGGAGGCGAAGAGCGAGCCGCCUCGCCUGCCCAUGCCUCCUCAAAGGAAGCUCAACAGCAGCGGGAACUCAGAUAUCACGUCCAUCACUCGAGUGGUGAACCGGUCCUUUAAGUUCCCCAGCAUCCCCAAAGGACCCUCGUCAUCCUCACCCUCUAACUCUGGUCACUAUCAUUCCCCUCAUUCCUCCGGAGGCUCAAACGGAGUUGCAGGGCUCAACCGCUCAGCAGGGGGMAGUGCAGACAGUGUUCUGUCACAGAUAGCAGCUCAACGUAAAAGAGCAGCAGGUCUGAUGGAGGUGAAGGCUCUACCUGCAGAGAAACAGCAGAACCCGGCUCCGCUGCCAGCUCCAGGACCCGGUCCUCAGCCUCCUGAUAGGAGCCUGCCAGAGAUCCCAGCACACCCCAGCCUGGUCUCCUCAGACCUCCAGCCCAGACGGAAGAUGGAGCUGAAGAAGAGAUCUCAGUCUGGGAAUUCCUCCACCUCUAAGAGCACGUCCCCCACUCUGACCCCAUCUCCGUCCCCGACGCCCAAGCUGUCCCCCGGGCCGGGGGACUCUCUGUCCUCGGCUUCUUCCCAGCCGCGCUCCAAGAGCAGCGGGGGCUCCAGUAGUGGAACCAUCACAGACGAAGAUGAGCUUUCUGGCAUUUUGAAAAAGCUCUCCCUUGAGAAAUAUCAGCCAAUAUUUGAGGAGCAGGAGGUGGACAUGGAAGCCUUCCUGACGCUCACAGACGGAGACUUGAAGGAGCUGGGGAUUAAAACCGACGGGCCCAGACAGCAGAUCUUAGCAGCCAUAUCAGAGCUCAACGCUGGAAAGGGUCGAGAACGGCAGAUCCUCCAGGAGACCAUCCACAACUUCCAGUCCUCCUUUGGCAGCAGCGCCAGUAACCCCAGGCAGCCGAGCCGGCCUCGAUCUCCAACAACGUGGACGAGACACCAGGUGUGUUCGUCCAACAGGAGGUAGUUCAGCAGGAACUACACGACCAAAGGUACCUAAAGUAGGGAUGUUUAAGGUACACCUUAAUCAGGAAGUUCCUGAAGCCAGCACACUGAUCCAUGGGAAGUAUUUUUGGAAGAGGACACUUUGGACUGAACUGUUCAAAACUAGAGUCCAAAGCUGGUGAGAUGGACUAAAGCAGGAUCAGUUCAGCCGAACUUCGGCUGAUUUUAAAAAGCACACGAUGGAGUGAAUGGAUUAGUUUAGUUGAUUUUUAUCUAUGAAACUGUGAGCGAUGCAACAAAUGUUUUAUAAAAGUAGUUAAAACAAAUGAAAUGUGCAUAAAAAGAGAUUAAUCUGUCAGCCAUAACAUUAUGCUCAAUAAAAUUAAUGUCACAUCGUUCUUCAGAGGAAUGCAUCAUUCCUCAUGCUCUGUUUUUCACAUCAUUGGUCAUAAUGUUGUGGCUGAUCAGUGCAGAACAAACCAAAUGUUAACCUGCAAGAUUGUGAUGAUUUAAAGGGAGGUACUAUGAUUACAAAAUAUGCACUGAUGCAGGGAAAGUGCAGACAUUAGCAAUAGUAUAUUUUACUUUUUUACUCUGGACGAAAUUUACAGAAGGACUGUACUGAAGGAUUAUACCAAAGGAUUAUACCAGAGGACUAUACUGAAGGAUUAUACCGAGGGAUUAUACCAGAGGACUAUACCAAAGUAUUAUACCAGAGGACUACCGAAGGAUUAUACCAGGGGACUUUACUGAAGGAUUAUACGAGAGGAUUACUGAAGGAUUAUAUCAGUGGACAAUACCGAAGGAUUAUACCAGAGGACAAUACCGAAGGAUUAUACCCGAGGACAAUACCGAAGGAUUAUAUCAGAGGACAAUACCGAAGGAUUAUACCCGAGGACUACCGUAGGAUUGUACCAGAGGACUAUACUGAAGCAUUAUACAUAUAAGAGGACUAUACUAAAGAAUUAUACCAGAGGACUAUACCGAAGGAUUAUACCAGAGGACUACACCAAAAGAUUAUACCAGAGGACUAUACUGAGGUAUUAUACCAGAGGACUAUACUGAGGUAUUAUACCAGAGGACUAUACUGAGGUAUUAUACCAGAGGACUACACCGAAGGUCUUACUGAAGGAUUAUACCAGAGGACCCUACCAAAGGAUUUUAAAUCCUGGAUUAAGUGAUCACUGUGUACACAGAUAAUUUAAGAAAUGAAUGUUCUCCAGUGAAUAAAUUAACAUUAUUAUAAAGCAUUAA